ACGGGUCGGCGCCUGCGCACGUGGUCGCGAUUCAAGCUCGGGGGCUCCUGGCUCGGCGCUCUCUCGCUUCCGCGCUCUCCUCGGCUCUCCUCCUCCUCCUCCUCCCGGCGCCGCGAUGGUGCGCAAGCUGAAGUUCCACGAGCAGAAGCUGCUCAAGAAGCUGGAGCUGGUGAACUGGGAGGCGGCCUCGGGGAACCUGGCCGAGCUGCGCGUCCUGCGCCGCUACCGCCUGCCGCGCCGGGAGGACUACGUGCGCUACAACCAGCUGAGCCGGGCCGUGCGGGAGCUGGCGCGCCGCAUCCGCGACCUGGGCGAGGCGCCCGAGUCGGCGGCCUUCCGGGCGCGCUGCACGGCGGCGCUGCUGGAGAAGCUGCACGCCCUGGGGCUGGUGGGCUCCAAGCGCUCGCUGGAGCAGUGCGAGCGCGUCUCGGCCUCCUCCUUCUGCCGCCGCCGCCUGCCCUGCCUGCUGCUCAAGCUCCGCAUGGCCCAGCACAUGAAGGCCGCCGUCACCUUCGUGGAGCAGGGCCACGUGCGGGUGGGGCCCGAGGUGGUCACCGACCCGGCCUGCCUGGUCACCCGCGCCAUGGAGGACUUCAUCACCUGGACCGACGCCUCCCGCAUCCGCCAGCACGUGCUCGACUACAACCAGGAGCGGGACGACUUCGACCUGGCCGGCUGAAGCCCGAGCGAGGGAGGGAGGGGCCUGCGCCGCCGCUUCCCACUCUCCCGGCGGGGGAGCCCUGCGGAGGAUCCGGACUUGGACCGGGCAGUCCCCCCCCCCCACCGGCCACCAGCAGCACACGCCGUGGUUUUGCACAUGCGGACUGGCAACGGCGCGCCUCUGGCGUGAGACCCUGGCCGCCUUACUGCCCAUUCUUAGACCGAAGGGAACUGGAAGAGCCCCAUGAAAGCCAGGCUUCUGCGCCUUGAGUCGGGAUAGACGCCGAAGUGUUACAUUCUUUAAAAAAAAAAACAACUCUGCUCCAGCCCCGCCUGCUAGUGAUGUCCACUGGAAGGAGGUAAUGAACAAAGGUUUAAAACAAAGUGCUCAGAAAGGUGUCUACACCACCGAAUUCUCCCAGGACUACACAGUUGUUUGGUCCUUUUAAUAAAGAUGGGCUUUGACGAAUUCUCCCAGGACUACACUAUUGUGGUCUUCAUUUAAGUAAAACUGGAUUAUGGUGAAUUCUCCCAGGACUACACUGUUAUGGUCUUCUCUCUUCCAUUUAAUUAAAACUGGAUUGUGUAUAUAUUCACACCUUUGAUCAGUCUUCAUUCUUUUCAACUACACCAUGCCUGCCAACAACUAAUGGACACGACUGUUUUAUGUAAGGAAAUCUAUUCUUGCCUGGUUUUCUGACCGCUGCCAAGGAAAAUAGUUUCCUGUUGUUUUCCCACAGCAAUCAUGUAGUAGCAGACACUCAAAUGCUGGAUCUGACCUCACUCUCUGAAAAAGCGUUUUAAGUGUUUUUUUCUACACACUGCACAUAAGUACUGGGGGGAGGGGCGUGUUUACUUUGGUUGUGCUUGGCAAUGGCUUGGUGGAGAGCAAGGUUAGUGGUCCAGUUUUCACUCUUGUAUUAUUUCUAUAAAAAUUGGUUUUGCCUCCAGUUUGGCAGUUUUUUUAAAAAAAAAUCCUGCAUGUGCCAAAUACUGUGAAUAAACUGCUGCUUGUAAUGAGUGGGCUGUGAUACAUAGUGAUGUCAGGAUUAGAAGAGGAAAUAAUUACAGUGCUCUAUAAACAGACUGUUCUCUGAAUUGCUGUGAAGCUUUGUCACCUGCAAGCAAGGUGUUUUGACAAAGGAGGGGACAUCUCAUUCAUGGAAACUGCACAUUCUGGAAGGAUUCCAAACCCUCCCCUUGCUGAAAACAUUGUCCUGUUCUGAUUACUGACAUCCUUCCACUAGAAUUAAUAGCUAGAAAACAGCUUUGCUGGAAAGCAUAUACUACCAGACAAUGAGUGCUCAAAGGCAGGUGGCAAGGACACAUUUUCAAAAUAUGUUCACUUUACAUAAGGAUGAAGGGGAGAAUCUGCUUAGCCAAAUAUAAUAAACUGAGCUUUGCAAGUUCAGUAACAAAGUUGAAUUUUCUGUAGUUGCCAAGUAAUACUGUUUAAAACCUGCAAACUUAACUGUCGUUUUUCUUAGCUCCUCUCUAAAACACAGUUAACAUUGAUCCAGAGGAGUUAGCCAUGUUAGUCUGUAGUAGCGAAAUCAAAAAGAGUCCAGUAGCACCUUUAAGACUAACCAAUUUUAUUGUAGCAUAAGCUUU